AACUAAUUUUCUUCUUGUGUCAUUCAUAAUUACUUUCAUUCGCAGCUUCCAAGUUCCCGCGUGACGUCCAGUCCAAUCAUGUCCAACUGUCCGAGUAAUCUUGUCCUGAUUUUCUUGUUAUUACGCAAGUAGCCAAGUAUUGUGUGCUACUAACCUAUUUUUAAAUGCUUACUUUUAUUGUGUGAAAAACUUUCUCUUCCAUUUUGUCCUGCUAGGUACAGACUACAGACUACAGAAUUAAUUGUGCGAUAUCCGUGUAAGUUGAACGGCCAAAAUUCAAGCUGAUGUUUUAAUUGUGAUUUGCGUUAAAUUAAAUAAUAAUGAUAAAAUGUAUUUAUUCUUUUGGUCUUAGCAUUGAACCUUAUCCGCCCACAUACAUGGCGACACUGACGCGACAAAAAUACGUUUCAGAAAAAAUGGGGCGAUAUUCCGGAAAGAAAUGUCGCUUGCUUUCAAUGAUUGCCCUUACCACCAGUUUUUUUGUCAUUGAGUUGGUUGUUGGAUAUGUCACAAAUUCAAUGGCCUUAGUAGCUGAUAGUUUUCACAUGCUCAGUGACGUAGUUUCAAUAGUUAUUGCCUUUCUUUCAGUCAAGAUGUCGCCAAAGAAGUGGUCAAAGAAUACCUUUGGCUGGGCUCGAGCUGAAGUCCUCGGUGCCCUGGUUAACUCAGUGUUCCUUAUUGCUUUGUGUUUCUCUAUUCUAGUCGAGUCUCUGAAAAGAUUCAUUGAAAUUGAAGAAAUUCAUGAUCCUCAGCUUAUUCUUGUUGUUGGCUGUAUUGGCCUCUUUGUGAAUCUAAUUGGCCUUUUGCUUUUCCACGAGCACGGCCAUAGUCACGGAGGCAAAAGUCACGGACACAGCCAUGGAGGCGGUGGCAGCAGCCACGGGCACAGCCACAGUGAUGGUCAUGGUCAUGGCCAUUCACACCUUCAGCAUGGACAUUCUCAUCUUGCCCAGUUAGCCGAUAUUGACGACAAUGAAAACGACGCUGUUUACGAGCUUGAAAACUCGCCUCACGCCAAUUCCAAAACUGCCAAAACCAAAAAGUCCAAACCCAAAAACCUCAACAUGCACGGAGUCUUCUUGCACGUCCUAGCCGAUGCUCUCGGAUCGGUUGUCGUCAUUGUUUCUGCCCUCGUCAUUUGGCUGACGGAAUGGGAGUACAAACUGUACGUUGAUCCCGCUCUCAGCGUGGCCAUGGUCUGCCUGAUUAUGUGGUCCACUUGGCCAUUGUUGCACGAGUCUGCCUUGAUUCUACUGCAAACCGUCCCGACUCACAUCCAAUUGGACGACAUUCAGCGCAAAUUGCUUAGCCAAGUUGAAGGAGUUUUGGCAGUCCACGAAUUUCACGUCUGGCAGCUGGCAGGAGAUCGGAUUAUCGCUUCAGCUCACAUUCGGUGCCGCAAUCUGUCGGACUAUAUGAAAAUCGCCGAGAGGGUGAAAGAAUUUUUCCACAAUGAAGGAAUUCACUCGACUACGAUCCAGCCAGAAUUCACUGAACUUCCGGGAGACGAAAGCGCCAGCGAGACAGAGAGUUGCGCAUUGGAUUGCCCAGCCAAAGAGACGUGCGAAGCCAACACUUGCUGCGGUCCAUCCAAACAGGUAAAGGGCGUCGGCCAACAAAACCCGACCCUUGGUGACGGAAUUGUAGUUCUCGAGGAUGGUCGAGAGACUGAACAGUUACUGGAAAUCACUGCCAACGAUUGCCGUCAGCGUUCGACAGCCAACGGACUGGCCAACCGGAUCGCGGCGCCCAAUCCAUUGCCGAGAGCGGAUGAAAGCGGAGCGGACGAGUUGAUGCUGGCCAAUUCGUGUUGCGCCGAGCAAGAAGCGGCUCAUUCACGUUUGCUUCAUGACGUCAAUUCCAUUGCAAUCAAGGCCUGAUUUUUAUUCAACAGAAUCCAGCGAUCCUUUUGUCGUUUUUACCACAAGUU